AUGGUACAGAAUAAUGAUGGGAGUCAAAUUGACGGACUCCCUACUUCAUCACAUGACGAUGACUUGUUUACAAUAGAGUUUGAUGAUUUGGUGAUGGAGACUAAACCAAUUGGAAAGGGAUCAUUUGGAUUGGUGCAGAAGGCAUCUUACUUUGGUACAGAGGUGGCUGUCAAAUCUCUAAGUUCAUUGGUCAACAUUGAUCCCGACCUCUACAAGUUCAUGCAACGCGAGAUUAGAAUAUUGAAGGGUAUGAGACACCCAAACAUUGUUCAGUUCAUUGGAGCAUGUAAUCAUGAUGAGAGAUACAUGAUCGUAACAGAGUAUAUCAAUAGUGGAGACUUGCAUCAGUUCCUCAAAUCAAAGGGACAGUCACUAUCAUGGUCCACAAAGAUUAAGUUGGCCAAUGAUAUUGCAUCUGCAUUUGCAUUCCUACAUGCUAAGAAGGUUAUAUUUAGAGAUUUGAAAGCAAAGAAUGUGUUGGUGGAGGAACAUGGAUCGACUGUACGUGCAAAGGUUUGCGACUUUGGAUUCGCCAGGAUAUUCGACGUGACACAUCAAGAGAAACAGGACAAGCAACAAGGUUAUCUGACGAUAUGUGGAUCAGAGACUACAAUGGCGCCAGAGGUUAUAAUUGCCAACAAAUAUGAUGAGACCUGUGAUGUAUAUUCAUAUGGUAUACUCCUGUACGAGAUGAUGUGUGGCAUUAGGGCCAUUAAGAUGGAGUUGAAGAGAACGCCAGAGAAUGCCUUUGACUUUGACGCAGAUAAGGCAGAUUCAUUCGUGCCAAUGUCAUGCCCAAAGGUGUUUAAUGAGUUGGCGCGAAUGUGUGUUAGCUACGAGCCAAAGGGCCGCCCAACAUUCAAGACCAUUGUGAUGGGCCUGACAGAGUUGCUGUCCAAGCCCAUCGAGAGCCUGGAGCUCAAGGGCGGACCCGCCGCCAUGCAGUCACCUCGCGCCGUCUGGUCGCCAUUAUCACCCAACGGCACACCAUCGAGUGAGGACGACUCGCCGACUGGCUCGCUUUCGAUGGCCACCACCGACGAGAGUGGCUCGGUUGUAUAUAACAGCGUGGUCUUGAACAAUGAGUCGGCGGCCAUGGGCACAAACAACGUCAUGGCCGACCUGAUGCAGAGGAAGCUCAAGCACAAGAUCACCAGCUCAAGCUUCUUCAAGCCACCGCCCAACAGCGCCGAUGGCUCAGUCGUGGGCUCUAGCACCACGACCACACAUGGCCCGCAGGCGGACAACGACUUUGACGACGACGACGUGCCGUCCGCUCUGCUGACCUCGCUCACACUGGACGAGAUAAGGUAUCGCGACCCAUCGAUUUAUGAGGACCCGGACGCCAUCAUCCGCGAGAAGAAGCGAUUCCUUUCCUCUCCUAACCUCUCCAUGCCAUCGACGACAAGUACAACAUCCACAUCAGCGCCUGACGACAAUGACGCUGCUGCCGCUUCAUCCAAGGAUGGUGUGGUGGGUCUGGCCACGACAUGGGGACCAGGUACCAAGCAGAAGCAUCAAACACAAGGCAAUGGUCCAAAGAAAUCAUCAAAGAAGCCAAAGAAACCAAAGAAGAAUAAAAAGAGAUAG